AUGACCGAGGUCAACAAUGACCUCUUCCAUCAGAUCGAACUCUUGUGGGAGCAUUGUUAUGAUAAUACGACGGGCCUUCUUUUCCAUGGAUAUGAUGCAACCAAGACCGCCUCCUGGGCCAACCCCACGACUGGCGCCAGUCUCAUCGUCUGGGAUCGUGCGCUCGGCUGGUUCAUGAUGGGAUUGGUUGACCUUCUAGAGCUCCCGCUCAUGGACUCCCGGGUGGCGACAUGGCGUGCACGAUUCGUUGACCUCGCCAACGCUGUCGUCCAAGCAGUGGAUCCGGCGUCUGGCUGCUGGUGGCAAGUGAUGUCCUCCCCUGGACGAACAGGCAACUACAUUGAAGCUAGUGGGUCUGCCAUGUUCACCUAUGCCCUCUACAAGGGGAACCCCAUUGCCCAUUUCCGGGCAAAUUAUACCAGCGUCGCCACUCGGGCCUAUCGCACACUUGUGGACAGAUUCGUCGUGGAGAAUCAAGACGGCACCCUAAGCUACAACGGAACUGUGGGUGUGUGCAGCUUGAACUCCACCGCUAACUACGAGUACUAUACCGAGCAACCACUCGUAUACAAUAGCGUAUUGGGAUCCGCAGCCUUUGUUCGCGCCAGCAUGGAGCAUGAAUUGGAGCACGGAGUCCUCUACGAGCAGUAG